ACAGGGAUGAGGACUCGAUGCUGAUCCCAGAAGCUAUGAAGGAAUCGGGACCUCAAGACACGUUGAAAACAUCUCCAUCAUGUGGGACGACGCGGGAGGAUGAUCGGACAUCCGCAUCUUCACAACUUCACAGGAGCUGAAAGAGAGACUCCCUUCACAAUGAACUCUGCUGUGAUUCUUCUAUUAACAUGGUGCUGCUUCGCCUGGUCUUCAGCUAUCUACACCUCCGACAGAGAAGGACCCAAGAAGCUGAAGUACCUCCUCGAGCCGCUCGCGCAUGCCGACAUCGUCGCCCGAAGGGGAGAAAACGCCACCCUUCCGUGCAUCCUGAGAACCAGACCGAGCAACUACAAAGUGAAAUGGACCAAGCUGCAGCCGCAGCACGCGGGUCAGGAGAACAUCAUCAUGAUAUCCAAUGCACACGCCUUCAAGCGCUACGGCCUUCUCGGCCCGCGGGCUUCCCUCCCGAAGGCUCACACCAUGGACGCCUCCCUGCGGCUCCGUGGCCUGGAGCUGGAAGACGGCGGAAUGUAUCGCUGCGAGCUCGUCAACGGCAUCGAGGAUGAGAACGUGGUCGUUACGUUGAGGAUUGAAGGCGUGGUCUUCCCAUAUAUGAGUAAAAAUGGCCGCUACAGAUUCACUUUCCGCGAGGCGACGGAGGCGUGUGCUCGGCAAGAUGGCGCUCUGGCCUCGUACGACCAGCUGUACAGAGCCUGGACGGAGGGUCUGGACUGGUGUAACGCCGGCUGGCUGCUGGACGGGACCGUGCACUACCCCAUCGUUAACCCUCGACCUGCCUGCGGAGGAGAGCUGCUCCCCGGUAUCCGCGGUUACGGGCCGAAGGAUAAGAACCACGAUCGCUUCGACGCGUUCUGCUUCACCUCCCAGACGUCUGGCUCCGUCUCCUACGUAUCGGGGUCCUUCUCCUUCGAACAGGCGGGACACGCGUGUCGGCGUCAGGGCGGCGAGUUGGCGUUGGUCGGCCAUCUUUACUCCGCCUGGCGUUUCCAGAGCUACGACCGGUGCGACGGCGGCUGGCUGAGAGACGGCAGCGUACGCUUUCCCAUCAGCAGCCCCAGGGAGCACUGCGGGGGCAUCCCCGAGGCAGGGGUGCGCUCAUUUGGAUUCCCCAACGAGAUGACGCAUCUGUACGGCGCCUAUUGCUAUAAGUAG